CGGCAACCGACAGUGCUUUGCAUACACGGAAUUUAAAAUUGUCGUCCGUCUAUUAUCAAAUUUUACGAAUGCACGAUAAAUCACGCAUUAUUGCCUAAUUCGCUGUCUUAGCGAAUCUUUCUAAUCAAGGAAGAAAGAACCUUUUAUUUCUGACUCAGGAGUAUAUCUAUCAACUAUGCCACUGAAUUGUGAAUUAGGCUGGGGACAAGCCAUAGCAUCUCCACCAUGCUCACUUCUUUCUCCACAGAAUACUUGUUUCCAGAUCUUUGGAACAAAAAGGAAAUCAUCAAAAAAUGAACAGGGAGAAGAUGGAGUGAGCAAUGUUAGUAAACGACAAUGUCACGGACUCUCUUAUUCAAGCACUGCCUUCAAAGAGGUCAAUCACCCAGUGCAAUCCUAUCAAGAAAAACAACCAAUAGAUGUUGUCACACAUGCACCAGAACAAAUGGAAUGUAUGCAAAGUGAAGAAAAUUCUUCGUAUAACAACAAUAUUUUACAAAGUUCAUCUCGGGAACUUAAUAAAGAUGAAAUACAAUUUUUACAGGAUAUGAAUAUGGAAAGCAACGAUUACUGGUGUGCACCAAUGUCUAAUCUAUCUAAUGCAUUGCGUAUGCACGAGGAUGUAGAGGAGGCACGUAUGAGAAUGGAAUCUGACUACACACCUAAUACAGCACAGUAUAUAACCACUCCAGCUGAUAACAUUCCACCCUUUGUAGGGUAUGAUCAAAAUAUGCCGGGACGUAUACGUUGUUACUGUAAACCCAUCUUAGGAUCCAUAAAUAGCUGGCUGUAGAGUUUCUCAUCUACAACUAUAAUAUCACUCUCUGUAUGAAACUUCUUAUUGUUCUUUUCUUUUAUAUUUUAGUUACCGGUAUGGAGAGAAUAGUAAAUGUUACUUUGUAUCUGAUGAAUAAGUGAGUUCAAUAAAAAAGUAUUAAUACUACUUUAUAUACAGUUAUAUAUACAUUGGAACUGAAAUAUUCAUACCCACCACUUUAUUUUGACCUGCUUGUUUAAUAUUGCAUACAUAAUGUGUAUUUUAAAAGAGUAUGGUUGUAUAUACAGAAUUUUUUAAGUUAAAAAAGUUGCAAUGAGUAAUUUUUUUUUUAAAUUAUCUGAAAUACAUAGCAAGUUGUUUUGCUUACAACAUUUUUGUAAUGUUGCAUUGUAUUUUUAUUAACAGUUUUUGUAUUGUUCUAUUAUAACUAGAGGCACGCUAAGUUACCAAAAACGUUUCCAAUUAGUUAAAAGGAUUUUGUACUGCAAUAUCUGGGUUUUUUUAAUGCAUUGUAUUUGCAGCCAGAGAAGCACUGCCUAUAUUUCUUGACUCGUUGUGUCUCUUCACUUUAAAUUUAUUUUUGUUCAUAACUGUAAAAAAAAAGUGCAUUUCUUGUCCCUUCAGUAUAGAUUUUCUUGUUACUUGUGUAACAUGACAAGACCUUAUAAACUGGCAAAUUGUGAUAGAUAGGUUUCAUAGUGAGCUGCUUGAUUUUAAUAAUUGUGACAUUGCCUCUAACGACUGAGGCAAGUUUCACUCAGAGCUCACUGAAGCAGCAAACAGCAACCAAUCAGAACUUGUGUAACUAGCCACCUUAUAUUAAGGCAUGUUCCAAUUUGUUGACAAAUCCUGUCAGAGGAAAGCUGUAUUUUAAUUAGUCAUAUUGAC